AUGCGUCUCUGCGUUGUUUUGAGGGACUAUCCCUUUCUAUUUCGAGCCGACUGGAGCCACAUUUGGAAAGGCGUCGACGAUGCUACCCCGCUCGUGCUGCUCGUGCUGCCGAGCCUCGUGGCCGCCGCGCCGUGCUCGACGCAAGACAUGUUUGCAGUGGUCGGCGUCGCCAUGCAGCCGGCGUGGGCCAACUGCACGGACGCGCUCGGCCAACCGGUUAGCACGCUCUCGGAACUCGUCCAGUUCAAGACUUCGGGCCAGCUCACGCAGCUCUGUGCGGCGCCGACGUGCGUCGCCAACAUUGACGACGUGUACAAGAACAUGCCCAACUGCGUGACGCCCGACGGACUCAACUUGCACGACGCGACCGAGCGGACGUCGCAAAUCAUCUGCGGGACCCUUCCGGCAUCAUUGACGACGAAUGACGGAAGUGCUUGCUCGUCUGUUGACCGCACGCUCGUCUCGUUCCUCAUGGGCCAGAAGCCCGUGCCGAGUGCGUGCCUCGAAGCGCUUGGCGGCAACGCGACGACGCUGACCGCGAUCUUGCCCUCCACGCACGCCAACCGUGUGUGCUCGGUGCCCGCCUGCACCGCGUUCAUCAAAGCCACGUACAAGCAGCUGCCCCAAUGUAUCUUGCCGGAUGGAUCCAAGCCCAAGGAGCUCAUCGAAGCAGCGCUCACGACGGUGUGCCACACGAACCCGCAAUCGGUGGCCCACCAGCGACCCGUCUUCCUCAGUGUCACCGUGCUUCUCGCACUGCUGCAGUGGCUCGCGCUCGCGUAGCGCAUGACAUUAAGUACAAUUUGCAUUUUGCAUCGUCAAUCAAAGUCGUUCCGACAAGGU